UGUUUUGGUUGAAGUUAUUGCCCAAAAGUACAUGUUUUACAGCUACGUAUGAAGCAGAAAGGUUUCCUUUCGUCGAGAGGUUAUGAACAUGAUGUGCUACAUCAAAAGUAGUUGCAGCGAGCUUUUUAGCCAAUGGAUUAAAAACAUCUUCAAAUAAAAGAUGAACCUCAAUCCAAUAGUAAUGGAAAACAUCGCUGUGUCUGUUUCCACAUCACCCAGUGACCAGCACGUCCUAUCGGGUGGGGUGGAGUCAGCUGUACAAGUAUUCUUGGAGUGGUCUGGAGUUGAGCCAUUGGAGAGUCAGGUGCCACUAAUGGAAAGUAGCAACGAUAUCCAUCUACUGCACCCUAGAAGUCAGGAAGCCAUACAAGAAAUGGUCAACUGGAACCCCUUGAUGUGCCCAAACUGCGGAAAAAAAUUCGCAAGCCAGAGGAAUCGCAAACGUCAUGAGAAGACGCACAACACAAGACAAUUGUUUGAAUGCGAAAUCUGCAAUAAGACGUUCCCUCAAAAAUGUUACUUGAAACAACAUGUAGAGUCCCAUGAGACGAGGAACUACAACUGCGACAUCUGCAGGAGAGCUUUCGUCCACAAGCAUCAACUGAAGCGUCAUAAAAAGCUUCAUUCUGGUGAGAAGAGUCAUGCGUGUAGUGUUUGCCCACGAGCGUUUUCACGAGCUCGUUCGCUGCAUCUACAUGAGAUGAAACACAUCGGUAAGAAACCGUUUCUUUGCACCGUGUACGGGAAAGGCUACCCACUCAUUCAGACUCUGAAACGCCACAUGGGUCUUGUUCAUAGCACCAAGAGGCCGUUUAAAUGUGUGGGUUGUUCAAAACGAUAUUCGCUUAAGUAUCAUCUUAAGCGCCAUGUAAAGGCUCAUCCGGAAUGCAUUGUUUCAGAUGAUGGUGGGAGGAACACUGAAAGGACAACUGGGUGUAACACUGAAAGGAACACUAGGUUUGACUCUGAAAGGAACAUUGUGUGUUACACUGAAAGGAACACUGGGUGUAACACUGAAAGGAACACUGGGUGUUACACUGAAAGGAACACUGGGUGUAACACUGAGAGGAACACUGGGUUUAACACUGAAAGGAACACUGGGUGUAACACUGAAAGGAACACUGGGUGUAGCAUUGAGAGGAACACCGAUACCAACAGUAACAUCGAUCUCAACACCAAGAUUAUCAUUGAGAGAGAUAUUGAGGACAACACUCAUUUAAACACCGUAUUUAACACUAACAUUAAAACCAUGAGUAACACUAAGAAGAACACUGAGAAGAACACAAAUAUUGAGAACAUUGCUGACGCUGAACCACAGAGGGCACUAGAUACAGACACUACCAUGGCUGAGGGACUGCUCCACCCUCUGGAGGGUACCCGGUCCACAUCCCUGAAGAGUAAAGCUGCUAGGAAAAAGAUGCAAUGUGUAAUGGAAAACUCAAAUACCCAACCAGUAAAAGAUUUCACGUGCCAGACUUGUAUAAAAAGCUUCCGCAAUGAGAAAAAUCUCAAAAGACAUGAGAAAGUCCACCUUGUGAAGGAGAAUAAGUUCACAUGCGAAGUCUGUCUGAAAUCCUUCCGCUUUGUGGAGUAUUUAAAACAGCACCAGGAGAGUCAUGAAGAGCGACGUCACCAGUGUGACAAGUGUGAGAAGACGUUCAUCCACAGUCAGCAGCUUCGUCGCCACAUGGUGAUGAUCCACACUAGAGAGAGAUCACAUACAUGUAAUAUCUGUCAAGCAGCCUUCUCUAGAAAGUUCACCCUGACACGACACCAAGAUACUCACACCAAGGAAAGGCCGUUUAAAUGCCAGCGAUGUCAUAGAGCCUUCUCCAACAAGCAGCAUCUAAGGAGACAUGCGGUUACCCACACUCAGCAGAAAAGUCACCCUUGCCUGGAAUGCAGUAAACAGUUUGCAACAUCUCGUGCGCUAAAGGAGCAUAUGAAGAUGCACACUAAUGAUCGCAGGUUUGUCUGCGAUGUUUGCAGCAAAGCAUUUACAAGGAAGUCUGUUCUUAGCAAUCAUCAGAAGCGGCAUGACAGGGAAAGGGACACUCGGGACGAACUUUCUGAGAUACACCAAGUGAGAAGACUGGUCUUUGACAAAACCAAAGGUGUCCAGUGCGUUUAAUAUCUUUUUGCUAAGCAAAAUUAAGCAGGAUACCUGUCACAGGUUGUGCAUGUGACGCUGUAUUUUAGCUGGUAGCCUUAUUCUGUUGUGCGUAGCUACUUUUUCAUGGCCUCGGUUGCCCUAGCACCCAAAGUUCUGCCCUGAUCUCAGCCUUGGUGCCCCUUUGGCUGAAACAAAUCCGGGCACAAUGUCAUUGAGCGGCACAACAAGUAGCUAAGCACAACAAAAAUAUGCUUAGCGCCUUGAACACCUAGCAGGGUGGAUACGUGCGCAUUACAAGUCUUUAUAUUAUUAUUAUUACUUCUUACCAGCUAAAACACAAUUUCACCUGUAUCAUCUAUGACUGGUAUCCUGCUUAUUGUUGCUUAGCAGAAAUGUUUAAGUAACAUUUUCUGUGUAACAGCUGUAUGAAAUUGGGCAUAGUUGAGAGAAUCGAGACAAUGAGAAAGAAACCAAAUAAUGUGAUGCAAUUGCUUUUUCAUUGGUAAUGAUCUUUUAAUCUUUUAAUACAAAUUAUUCGACUGAAGAAGAAAAGGUGUCAAACAUUUCACAGCUGCCUAAAUUGUGUUAAAAUUGACGUUCAAGCCACACUAAUGUGUUCAAAUUUUAAAACGAUUUUGUUGAUGAUUGUUCUGCAAACAGUUUCUCUCUCACUUAAAGAGGAAUCUUAAAGGGUCUAUGUAUUACUAAUGUAGAACAAAAAACACAAUGUCCACAGAA